GUUGAUAAUAUUUCUUGUUUGGAAAAUUGAACAAAUAUUGCCCUUACAGUUAAAAGAAACGGUGGAGUAAAUGUGAAACAUUGAGCAUCUGAAGAUGAAGAAGCUGCGUGUUCCUUCUGUUGGCUCAAUUUGGAAAAGAAUCCAGAAUGGCAACAGAGACUCUAGGGUUUUAUUCUUCUCCACGGAAGCGAAGUCUCUUGUCUCUCUUUUUCCUUCACCGUCCCAGACAGGCGACAAUCUGUACCAUCGGAUUAUGGGUGCAGAGAAGCAAAAACUUUCAAUCGCUCCCAUAAUGGAUGAGUGGGUUAAGGAAGGUCGUCCGAUCGAGCUUCAAAUUCUUCGUGACAUCAUCAAACGGCUCCGUAAAAAUAGGUUCUCCAAAUACGCCCUCCAGGUUUUCUCAAUUCCAUCAUUUCCAUGCCUUUCUCUUUCAAAUCCUCAAUAUUUACUCACCUGUGCUUAUCUCCAACUCAACCGAAAUGCUUCAGUUUUUUUCCAGUGUAUGUAAUGUCUAGUUGUACUCGGAUCACGUCUGACAUCUACUAGUCAUGUUUAACAUCGACUCACCGAUGCAUUCCACAACAUUGUUUCACUCUUAUUAGGUCUACUUCUAAUAUAUAAAUUCGAAAUAACCUUCACUAUGUGAGGACCAUUUUGGGCUGAGUUCAGUCCAAAUUAGUGCAAUAUCACAGUCUGAUCUAAUUAUCGUUUGUUUUUUUUUUCUUGUGACUUUGGGGGUAGCCGGGUAGCCCGUCCUCACAGCGAUCCUUUUAGAUUUUUGAAUGGAUUGAUGAGUCAAAAAAUCUUCAAUUGUCUCCGGGAGAUAUAGCCAUACGUUUGGAUUUGAUAGGGAAAACCUAUGGUCUGGAUGUGGCUGAGAAGUAUUUCCACAACAUUCCAAUGAAUUUGAGAACCAAUAAGGUAUACGGCGCUUUGCUAAACUGUUAUGUCCACUUCAAAAACGUGGAAAAAGCGGAAGACGCCUUGCAGAAGAUGAGGGACGAGUUUGGUUAUGAUCAGUGUUUGGCAUUUACUCUUUUGAUGAAUCUUUACUCCAAGUUGGGGAAAUUUGACAAAUUGCACUUAUUAGCACAACAAGUGGAAGAAAUGGGGGUCAUUGUAGACAAAUACUUCCAAUACACACGCUUAAAUGCGUAUGCAACCGCUCGUGAUGUAACUGGAAUGGAAAGUCUCGUGAAGUAGAUGGAAGUAGAUCAUUGGAUCGCCAUUGAUUCGUGUUAUUAUACGAUACUAGCCAACGGUUACAUAAGAGCCGGCGAUUUCAAGAGGGCUCUAGAAGCCGUGAGGAAUUUUGAAGACGCAACCACACGCAGGAGGGUCGAGAUUGAUUAUAACAUCCUACCUUCUCUCUACGCUAGUCUGGGAAGGAGAGCUGUCGUUUACCGCAUAUGGGAAGAAUACAAAGAAGUAGGAAAAUUGCAGACAGGUGGUGGAUACUUUGGCUAUGAUAAGUGCCCUUGAAAAGCUCGGCGAACAUGAUGCCAUGGAGAAGAUAGUGGAAGAAUGGGAAUCUCAUAAUUCAAUGACCUUUGACGUCCGAAUCCCGAAUUUCCUCAUAAACAGCCACUGCAGGAGGGGUAAUUUGGGAAUGGCGGAAGCGGUUUUGGAGAAAGUUGUGGAGAGGAUGGGGGCAAAGGUUGGUGGAGGGACGUGGGGCCGCAUGGGGCGUGGGUAUGCUGAAAACAAGGAAAUGGAUAAGGCAGUGGAGGCAUUGUGGAAAUCAGUCUUCGCAACUCGUCCGGGAGGGAAACUUAAUAUGCGACUGUUGGCUACUUGUGUGAAAUAUUUGGAAUCUAAGGGAAAGUUUGAAAGAGCAGAUGAAAUUUUAAAGUCCAUCAAGAGGCAAGGGUUGGCUAGAGUACGUUUCGAUGAGAUUUUAGAAGAGUAUAUUCGAAAGGUAUAAUAAGGAGGGGAGGGGGGUCGAGCUUAGUACUAAGAUUUGAAACUUAACCUGACUAUUGACUAGAUUGCCAGGGAGAAGAUGGAGAGAGCCACCUUAGCAAAUCUCUGACCAUAAGGGUUGCACAAAGUGCUUCCUGAUUAUGUCUUUUAUGAGUUUAUUAUAUUUCAGAUAGUGAUCAGCAUCUUGUAUUAUCCUGUUAUGGCCAUUGACACUCAUCUACUUCCAUUUUGUUGUUGAACAAGUGCUUUAGUUAACUUGUUUGCACAACAAUCUUGACCUCCUAGGCUCCUACGAAGCUACUUAUGUAGGAGAAGAUUAAUGGUGGAAUUCCUCCCUAUGUAUUUCCAUGAUCAUUGUACAAGACGUGGAUUGGGAGAGGAAUCGGGUUGUUAUAUACUGCGUUAUGCCCCCUCCAUUAUUUUGUGGAUUUUUAAUUAAUAACUUCUUUUUUUAC